CGGAAUCCCUUCGCUUGCAACCAGCUGAUAGUCUGCUUUCUGCUGUCGAGUGCGCUGGUUCAGCUUGGAUUCGUCGUAGAUUUUUCCAUUUCGGCUUUUUGAUUUCGUGUAUCUUUUCCUUUUCGUUAACAAAAUGGCACCAGUUUUGGGAUAUUGGAACAUCCGUGGAUUGGUUACUCCUAUCCGCUACCUGUUGGAGCAUGUCGGACAGGAAUACGAAUGGAAAGGAUACGAUUUCGAAAAUGCCGAUGAAUGGAAAAACAACAAGGAAAAGCUGGGAAUGGAGUUUCCCAACCUGCCAUACUACAUCGAUGGCGAUCAGAAGCUGACGCAGUCGCAUGCUAUCCUCCGUUAUUUGGCGCGAAAGCACGGUCUCAUUGCAAAGAACGAUAAAGACGCGCUGGAGCAGGACAUCAUUGACGGUGUGAUUUUCGAUCUGAUCAUUCGAUGGGGUUGGCUGUGCUAUGGCGCCAAUGAUUUGGAGAAGGAUAAAGCGGCCUACCGCAGCGAACAGCUGACUCCCAUUCUGAAACAGCUGGAACACCAUCUGAGCAAGCGUGAAUACUGCGUGGGGAAUUAUCUGACCUACACCGACUUUGUUCUAUACGAGCGCCUGGACGGCAAUCAGAUUAUGUUCCCCGAUAUCCUCGAUAACUUUCCCAAUCUGAAGAAAUUCCACGAACGUAUCGGGAAUCUGAAGGGCAUUAAGGAAUUCCGCACUUCCAACCGUUUCAAGAAAGUGCUGAACGGAGCCAUUGCCAAAUGGAACAACAAUUAAUUUCUGUUUGAUUCGCUGAUGAACGGGCGUUGCGUUGUCGGUGCUUUACGAGUAUAUCCUUUUUUGGCUACAGCAUGCUUUGUAUGUCACGUUAAUAACAGUUAAAUUCAUGCUUGGACUUUUCAUACGCAGUCUGUGUGGCACGCUUCUCAAGGUUACGGUUGCGGGAAAUAACUGAAUAAAAUAAUGAUGUUC